CACAUGAUGCUGACUGCAUGAGACAGACUGUUAAUGUAGACUCACCUAGUGAACGGACUUACAUUAUGCUUACGUAAUUCGUAAUAGCAUUAGAUUUCUUUGUUUGACAAAAUAGAGAAGAUGUUUGCUUGUAGAUAUCCAAAAGACAGUGUGAGAAACAGGGCAUUAAUAGUCUGUGUGGAACAUUUUUAUUCAGAUGUGGAUCUAAUCCAGAGAAGAGGUGUAAAGAAAGACAUUAAGAGACUUCACAAAAUUCUCACCAAACUCGGUUUCUAUGUCGUCAUCAAAAAGGACAUUGAAGCAGAAGAGAUCUAUGAAGCAUUUAAAGCAGAAAGUGAGAAGGUGGUGAAAGAGUGUUUUGUGGGUAUCAUAUCUAGUCAUGGUGAGGAUGGUGUUGUGUUUGGUGCUGAUGGGAAUCCUGCCAAACUGGCCACCAUCUACAGCUACUUUGGAUGUCCAUCAAUGGUGGGCAAGAAUAAACUCUUCCUUAUUCAGGCUUGUCGAGGUCAUGCGCUGGAUGGAGGUGUAGAAGUAGAGACAGAUUCUUCAUCCUCAGAGGAAGAUGAGAGCAUAUCUGAGCUCUUUUCUAUUCCCAUCGACACUGCGGUUAUGUAUGCAACUCCACCAGGUUACGCUGCAUUCAUGCAUCCCCUGGGCUCGGUGUUCCUUCAGACCUUCUGUGAUUUGCUGGAAAUGGACGGAGGUCCAGAUCUGGAGAUCACACAACUAAUGACUCGGCUGAACAACCAGGUGGCUUACAACUUCCAAGCAAGAGGGAAAAUGUUGUGCGGUAAAAAGCAGAUGUCAUGCUUUGUGACACGAUUUACAAGAGAGGUUUUCCCCUUUGUGGAGAGCAGGACGGAAGUAACAGAAGACCAGAGCUUGAACUUUCCUUCUAGACAGAUUGUAAAUGAACCAGAAAGGUCAAGGAGGAUAUUCAGCUGAAGAUGAUGUAACUGAUACUGAUUGUAAAGAUUUUAUUGGGUUUUAUCUUGAAAAGACGUUCCUUAAGUCAUCUAGCCUCAUCUCAUCUUUUGAGAUUGAUAACGAAUCAUGUGAUGCAACAUCACUUACGACACAUCUGCAGUGGCUGGAAAUGAUUUGUGGGGAAAUCUGUACUGUACUGAUCUGUACUGUAACUGAGAACAUUUACAUUAUGUUUUUGCCUUUUGUUGGUAGCACUUUACGGUUGUAUUUGUUAAUACAUUAGCUAACAUAAAAUAACAAUGAAGAUACUUCUUGCAUUUAUUAAUCUCUGUUCAUAUUAAUUCUUGCAUUUACGAAUACAUUUUAAAAUCAAAAGUUGUAACUGUUAACAUAAGUUACUGUACAAUAAACUACUGUAACAUGAAUAAUUGUACUGGCAUUAACUAACAUUAACAAAAAAUUAUAAAUGCUAAAAAACUAUAUUGCUCAUUGUUAGUUUACAACCUUAUUGUAAAGUGUUACCCUUUUGUUUUUGUUUUUAUUAUAAACACAUUAUUCCAAACAUAUUUUAAUUGUAGUUAAAUAAUAUAGUAAAUAAUAUAGUUUUGCUUGUAUAUAUUUGGUAAAAAUGUAACCAAAAAUGGAAACUAUUAUUUGCUGAAUUAAAAAAUGAAAUCAGGAGCUAUAAUCAUCUAUGUUUUGUUACAGGUUAAAAUUAAUUAUUUUGCAAAAUGCAUUCAAAUCAUUAAACAUCUGUUAACAAUGCAAAUGUUAUAAUAAUGUAUGGGCUGAACAUAUUCAAAACAAAAUUGAAACGCAGGUUUUUCCCACCUGUAUGUGACUCGGAUUUCAUCACGGUUGCCCUUUGCUCUUGCUAUAGGCUAUUUGCUGUAUAAGGUGUGUACAAGAUUGCACAUUAUGUACUUUUUCAACUACUCAUGUGCUGCAUUGUAAAUCAAGGUGGAUUUAUCUGGAUUGACACCAGACCAAAAAGUAGGAUUUUAAGAGUUCACAUCAUGAGCUAUUGGUCACAAACACGUCUGCCAGAUUGCAUCAAAUAAUAUGAAAAGUGACUACUGCAACAGUAUGCAUGCUCCUGAAGUUGUUUUGCAUGUUCAAAACAUGGAUUAAAAGAUUUUUCUUG